AUGAAUCCUAACCCAGUUUCAUACCAAGCUGCAUUUAAGACAGACCUAUGUGGUAUGUCAGUAAAAUUUUCUCUAUUUGAUCCAACAAGAAUAGCAGUAAGUAGUUCUGCUAAUUUUGGUAUAGUAGGAAAAGGAAAAUAGUUAGUUUUAAGCAUGCUUCCUAAUGGAUAGAUGAAUGUAUUAAACUCUUUUGAACUUCCUGAUUCAGUUAUUGAUUGCUGUUGGACCGAAUUAAACGAAAACUUACUCAUUACUUGCUGCGGUAAUGGAAUGAUCACAUUAUGGGAUUUAUAAAAAAAUGCUAUCGUUAAGGAAGUUAAAGGCCAUAUAAAAGAAAUCAAUAGCGGAGAAUGUUCUUAUAAGUAACCUCAUAUAUUCCUUUCUUCAGGCAAAGAAGGAAGAGUCAAAGUUUGGGACUUAAAUGUGAUGAAAUGCUUAUUCGAAUUACCUGCACAUAUAGGUUAAUGUUAUUAAGCAACAUGGCACCCUGUUAAUGAUGGUAUAUUUGCUACUGUUGGGUCAGAUAGCACCCUUAAGUUAUGGGAUUUAAAUACACCAAACAAGAGUAUUGCAGGUCUUCGUGCUCAUGAUGGCGAAAUACUUAGCUGUGAUUUUAAUAAAUAUCAAGAUAUCCUAGCUACUUGUUCCACUGACCUUUCUAUUCGUAUAUGGGAUCUCAAAAACUUGAAAUUUCCUCUUAAUAUUUUAGGAGGGCACAGAUACCCUGUAAAACGUGUAAAGUAUUCACCUUUCCAUCAGUCCAUUUUAGCUUCUUCAUCUUAUGAUAUGAAUGUAUGCGUUUGGGAUACUAGUGAUCCAGUUUAGCCACUCAAAUUCACACAUAACAAGCACACUGAAUUUGUAAUGGGAUUGGACUUUUCAAUUCAUAAUGACAGAUAAAUAGCUUCUACUUCCUGGGAUGGAAGAGUAUUGGUUUGGGAUUUCGAUAAACCUCAACCUUAAAUAUAAUGA